ACACACGAGGCACGUGAACCACAUUUUCAACAUGGCUCAGCAGCUGGGAGACUUCGCGAAAAGAUUUGGCAGUGGAGCGCCAAAAGGCGUUGGUUUAGGUCUCAAACUUUUAAUUGGAGCAGGAGCAAUAGGUUAUGGUAUUAAAGAAUCGAUAUAUACAGUUGACGGUGGUCAUAGGGCCAUAAUUUUUAGUCGUAUUGGUGGCGUACAACCAGGUGUUUAUGCUGAAGGAAUCCACUUUAGGAUACCAUGGUUUCAAUGGCCCAUCAUUUAUGAUAUCAGAUCUAGACCAAGAAGAAUCAGCUCUCCAACUGGUAGCAAAGAUUUACAAAUGGUCAACAUUAGCCUUCGAGUUUUAGCCCGUCCAGUUGCAGAAAACCUGCCCGUUAUGUACCAAAGACUUGGCACAGACUAUGAUGAGAGAGUUCUUCCAUCAAUUUGCAAUGAGGUUUUGAAAUCAGUUGUUGCACAGUUCAAUGCUUCACAGUUGAUUACCAUGCGACAGGAAGUCAGUUUACUGAUGCGAAGACAAUUGACAGACAGAGCUAGAGAUUUUGACAUCAUCCUUGAUGAUGUUUCAAUUGUAUGUGGUGACCCUUCUUUUUCUGUUUGUCUCUAUUGAUUAUGAAACAAACCACG